AUCUUGGUUCAGUAUCACCCGUGUUAUAAAACGCUCCGGAGUGUGGCGCAGCGAGUGAAAACAAGGAGAAAUUUUUAUAAUAAGGACAAUUUGGGUGCUUGAGAGAGAGAGAGAGAGAGUGGAAUAAAGAAAUAGAGGAAAGCAGAGAGAAAAAAAAGGAAAAGAGAGAGAGAGAAGUGAAAAUUUCGUCGAUCGUGCUCUUGGCUUCUGCUCAAACUGCGAGAGGCGAAGGAGCAGCAAGACGGUCCGAGAUGCCACGAGUGAUUCCAAAAGCAGUGGCCGUGCUUGCAUUGGCGGUCACAGUAUGGGCGAAAUCAUCCUUACUUCAAGUCCAGAGUGAUAACAACAAACUGACUAUGGACGCUACGACGAUACAUUUCGUGCACCCGAGAGGAGAAGCCCAUGUCAACUGGGGCCUCACACUCCCUGAAGGCGCAGAAGGGGAGGUCUGCGGCGAAGGAGACUCCUGCCUGGACUUCGGCGUGGCAAAGGUCGUGGUCGCAACAGAGGGCCAUUGCCAAAAGGUGUCAUGGUCGACCACUUCGCUGCCGGAGCUGAAGGAUUGCGUGGCGAUCGAGGGCCAUUGGUACGGUGGCGGGGAGCAGAUCUCGCAGCCGUGGCCCAUUGAAAAGACCCCGCGACCCGAGACGCCCUUCGUCACGGCGGAUAUGCUGCAGAAGAGAGCCAGGUGGUAUGGUGGCGUCUCUGAGGCGUAUUGGGUGUCCUCCCAGGGUGUCGCUGUUCGGGUGGAGGAAUCAACCCCUCUAUUCCUGAGCGUUCCGGACCACGACAACGACACCAUUGCCGACGAGCUGUGUCUAGGGGCACGUCACGAGGCGCCCUUCGCUGCUCCUCCUUCGGCUCCUCUCGCCCUCGAGUAUUUCCUCUGUUCCGGAAAUGACGUCAGGCAGGUUCACGAGCUGACCUUCCCCAAGUUUUUUUCGCUUCCUGAGGGCGUGCCGGACGAAAGGAUGAUACGUGACCCGAUCUGGUCGACAUGGGCGCAGUUCCACACCCAGGUCAACGAGACCAAGGUGUUCGACUUCGCGAUGGAGGUCAAAGGUCGCGGGUUUAACAACAGCCAGAUUGAGAUAGACGAUAACUGGGAGACUUGUUACGGAGACGCUGUCUUCAACCCCGAUCGCUUUCCGGAUCCUAAAAGACUGUUCGAUGAUCUGAAGAACGAAGGCUAUCGAGUUACCGUAUGGAUACAUCCUUUCAUUAAUGACGACUGUGACUCCUAUGCUUACGCUGAUGAACACGGCUAUUUUGUGAAGGACUCGGAGGGCAACACGCAACAGACAUCCUGGUGGCAGGGACGUCACUCGGGGAUCAUCGACUUCACCAACCCCGCGGCGGCCGAGUGGUGGGGCGCGAGGCUCCUGAAGCUGCGGGAGGAGACGGGCCUCGAUAGCUACAAGUUCGAUGCCGGGGAAGCGUCGUGGCUGCCGGAGGCUUUCACGCUCGGGGUCGACGAGAGGUUCUGGCCCAAUGCCUACACGUUUAAGUACGUGGAGACGGUGGCACAGUUCGGUGGCAUGAUCGAAACCCGUGUCGGCCGUGGCACUCAGAGGCACCCUGUUUUCGUGAGGAUGCUGGACAAGGAUUCCAUCUGGGGAGAUUAUAACGGCCUGCAGACGAUGGUGCCUUCGCUUCUGCAUUUCGGUCUCCUUGGUUACCCAUUCGUCUUGCCUGACAUGAUCGGAGGCAACGCUUACGUCAUUAAACCAAGCGCGGAGUUGUUCGUAAGGUGGGCGCAGGCUAACACUUUCAUGCCGAGUCUCCAGUUUUCUUUGCUGCCUUGGGACUUUGAUGAUGAGCAGGUAACGGAACUGACCCGCGCUGUGACGGCUCUUCACGCUGAGCACACGCCCUAUCUCCUCGAACUUGCGUCGCAGACUAAUUUCGCCCCAAGCCCCAUGCUGAGGCCGACGUGGUGGCUUUGUCCCACCGAUGAGGAUUGUCUCAUGGCCGACCAGCAGUUCCUGGUAGGCGACAACAUCCUGGCCGCUCCAGUGGUACACAAGGGAGCGACGGAGCUGACGGUCGUGAUUCCCCCAGGCCAAUGGCGCCGGGCUGACACGGGCGUGGUGUUCACCGGGCCUGCUUCUGUCACUCUGUCUGGCAUUACGUUGGAGAGCAAUAUAUACUUUACGCGAGUGUGAGGAGCGGGUGGAUUAGGAUUUCUCUCUAACUAUCCAUCUGUCUAUCUAUCUAUCUCAAUCUCUAUCUAUCUGACUUCCUUUUUUUUUGCAGUGUGUGUGUGCUGGAGGAAUAAAGAAUAAUAGCAGUCGG